ACCCGUCCCGGCGCGCCAAAUUUCAAAGCACUUCCUGGGAAAAGAAGUCGAGAAGUGAAGAGCGGAGGAGCUGAAUAAGAGCAGAUUCUCAGCUCUACAGAAGCGCUGAUCUCCUCUGCGUGAAUGAAGACUGAGGGCUGGGUGUUACCUUGCCCUAACACCUCCAGACCUGCUAGCUACCACACACCAAGUCCUGCCACCACACACCCUCCAGUCAGCAUAGCUAUCAGUUAAUUAUCUAACUUAGCUAGAUAAUUACCAUGCUAUAUAGAUAUGUACUCUGAACAUGUGAUACAGUGUCAGCACUGUCAUGCAUGUUUGUUAUUUUAGGUGUAAGCAUCACCACAGACUACAGACUGUCUACUUUUUUAUGAAGAAGAAAAGAAACAUUUAAUCUGGAAAAAUGGAGGGCUGUAAUGCUACUUCAUUCAGAUGUUUGUGAGUCAUAAGUCUCUGUUGUUAAGUGUAGUUUAGGCAGUUUUUUCUUUUUGGGUCCCCUGACAAAAUGUUGCCUGGAGUCCAGCCGUGUUUUCAGCUUUUACGGAUUGGCUCAUCAGAUAUUGGAAAUGGCCACACAAGUGGGGUAUCUGACUCUGCCCGUGAUCUGUACACGUUCCGGCCAGCACUUAAUCAAUCAGUGUUUCGCUUGGGACGGGCGGCAGAGUUGUGUGAUGUCACUUUGGAUUCAACAACAGUGUCUCGCAUCCAUGCUGAGCUACAUGUUGAAAGACAGACGGAUGCAUCAGGAGAGGAGAGCUGGAAAGUCCAAGUGAAGGACCGGAGCAGCUAUGGUACAUGGGUGAAUGAUGUCAGAAUGGAGCAGGGUGCUUUGUUGGAGCUAUUUGAUGGGGAUACACUUAUCUUUGGUGGCCAGUCAGCUCAGGGGAGCCCAGAAUUCUAUUUCCUUUUCCAGAAGGUUCGGGUCCGUCCUGAAAACUUCGACGCCAUAACAGUGCCAAAGGCUAACUCCUUUUCCUCUGACAUUCAGAAUCGGAUCAGAACCAGCCUGGAUUGUAAACCAGAGCCCAGUCUUGACAUUUCCAAACUGUCUAUCAACAGAGCUACAGUCAUCCUCAAUUCCAUUGGCAGCUUGAGCAAGAUGAACGGCAGCAACUGGACAUUUAAGAAGGUUGACAAAUCCACUGACCUGAAUUCCACCAAAUCUCCUGUAUUUACAGCUUUGGUGCCACCUUCCACUCCACCACCUCUUCCUGCUGUUAAAACAGAAAGCUCCUCAAAAUCUGUUCCACCAUCAUCUAAAAGCCGACGCAAGUCAGCGCACACGGUGCUCCUGGAGGACGACAGUUCGGAUGACCCAGUCAGUCGUAAAAGUGGAUUAGAGGAUGCGAGGAAAGCCAGAGGUGGGAAGAGACGCAGGCUUUACAAGUCAGAGUCUGAAGUACUCCAGCCUCCGUUGUUGAAGACAGAGCUGAGCACAAGGCCGCAGUUUGAAGUUAGGCCUGUGAUGCCGAAGCAGAAUGGCAUAAUUUACAGUCAGUCGUCCAACGGGAAGUUUAACAAUCCUUCUUUCAUCACAAUCCAAAAGCGUGACAUUGGAAAUAUGGGCCAUAACAAAGGAAUUAAUAUUGUGACCUAUCGACAGCCGAAACCUUGCACACCGGCUGCUCGUGGCAGACGAAGGGCAAACAGCUCUCCAGUGUGUUCCCCCAGAUUGGUGAGAGGAGAGACGUUCCGCAUCACAUCUCCAUCAAUUAGACAAUCAAAGGUAGAAAGAGAGAGGGGACAAGUUGCACGGAUUGCUACCACUACUGGUAGACGACGUGGCAGACCCAGGAAGCAUCCUCUCCCCCGCCCUUCCCUGCCUUCCCCUUCUUCCUCCUCCUCAUCUUCCAGCUCCUCUUCGUCUUCGUCGUCUUCCUCCUCGUCUUCAGAGGAAGAUAAUGAUGAAGAUGAGGACAUCGGUGGUGGAGUCCACGGUGUCGAACCCUGCGCAGCAGCACGUUGCCGUUUACCGCAACAGGACACUGUGCAGUGGGUGCAGUGUGAUGACUGUGACGCCUGGUAUCACCUUGACUGCCUGCCUCAUGACCGCAACCGCGCCGCUUUCCUGCUGGACCCGAAUGCAGACUUCCAUUGUGGCUGCCGCUGAGCCUGAGGCCCUCUGACAAGAACCAUGCAGGGAUAUCGAGGUUCUCUGUGAACUGGAGCAUCCGGACACUUGUACAAAGGUCUGACGGGAUGAUAAAUCUGACAUGAUACAUAAUUACAAUAAGUAAAAACAAAAAAAAGAUGGGGAAAGGGGUAUUUUACUCUUUGUCACAGUUUGGCAACUGAUAUAAUGGGUUUCAAAGGACUGACAUCAAAUCAGUGAAUGAGUUCCAUUGGUUAAUGUAUUGUAAAGGCACACAUUGCAGAAAUAUUGAGGUUUUUUCCUUUUAUUUUGUUGCUAAAUCAGUUGCUAAGAGUUACACAAUUGCUUACAGGUGGUUUCAGUUUUAGAUCUGUAUGUAACCUACAGUGAGCAAAGGAAUUAUAUAUAUAUUUUGCUGCUGUGGAAAAAAGAAAAACAUGCUUUACAAUGAAAUUUUACACUUACAAAUAUAUAUAAAUUGACUUAGCAAUGUAAAAGUGUUGACCUUUUCUAUUCUUCACAUUUAUACAUAGCUAAACUAAAGGCAUUGUUGGUUUUUUACUAUAAAUAGUGCCUCUAAAAUGGGUGCUGGGUGACAUCCAUAUGUAUUACUUGUCUGUGUCUACAUUUAUCUUGUAUUUGUUUUUAUUUUUAUUUGUAAAAUGAAAGCCAGAGCAGAUGAUGGUUCAGAAGGUUUCCAUCAGUGGUUUUCUAGUUCGUACAGUAGAUCUACAAUUCCACAACAAUUUAAGUUGCUGUUUAGAAGCAUUCACAAGCAGAUGGUGUUCUAUUUGCUAUUUCUCAGUGGUUUGUUGUGUUUUGUGAGGCUAUGUAGGUGGUCUUCCCUACACUCAGUUUUGCCCACAGACGACUACUCUGCCUGUAGAAGGGUCUCGCAAGCUGUUCUUGAGAUGUUCAUUUGAUGUUAAAGGCCUCAAUCAGGAAAACUGCAGCUUGCUACCAAGACCUCAACUACUAUAAUCAAUAUGUGUGCAUUUACUGUGCUCUCCUGAGAGCUAUCUGUGAAGAUCUUCACAGUGCUCUCCCUGCACCCCACUUCCAGGCCUUCAGAAUAUACGUCAGUACUGGCUGAACAGUAUCUACAGAGUCAAGGACUGAAGUUGAUGUAGAAGAAGAAAAAAUAUAAUGCCAAAAAAGCAUUUUGUAUAAAUGUUUGAUGUUUGACUGCUCACACAAAUGUACAGUACUUUUGUAAUUGGUAUUAACAUAAGCUUUUAUGUUUGAGUUCUACUAACCUUGAGUAGGUGGGAUUUUAAGAAUAGAAUUUAUGGUAUGAAUGUAAAUCAUCUUUCACUGUCUUCACUUUAAUGCUUUAGCUAAGAUACAUGACUAUCUGCAGUCCAGUCACACCGUUGCUGUUUGUCAUAUGGGGUAUCGGGAGCUGAAUAAAAAGAUUUAAAGGAA